GAGUAUUGUUGACUUGAACGUCAAAGCGUUUUCCCCGAGGAAACAUCCUCGGGAAUUUCAGGUGUGAAAGUAGCUGAAGAUAUCAACAGUGUUGGAUCACGAAGCUGCCCAAACAUUUGGCGCCGUUUGUGGGAACUUGAAUAAGAAGUUGUGUAGCUUAACUAGCUGAAGGAUAAAAUGGUUUGCACCUUUACCGGGAGUCAUCCUCCGAGAAACGAAAUGGAUGAGCAGGAGGACACUCAGCUAUCUGAGCUUGACAUGAAUGAACUUAGGCCAAUGCCGAGAAACCUUUUCAUUGGAGGAGCAGAACAGGAACAACUAAGUGAAAUAGAUGAUGAGAGAACACCAACUAGGUCAACAGAGCUUGCUCGGAGAACCGAGCUCGAAGAGAGAACCAGAGUUCUCGAAAUGGCAAUGGGUAAAAUCCUUACCCGUUUGAUCCCUGAUGACCCCCUAAUUCCUUUGCUGAAUAGGGAUGCGCAACCAACUGUAGUAGUUGCCACUCGCAACUCUCUCGCUCUAAGCAAUAUAGUAGUGCCGACCAAACCAAGGGGAAGUGGGAAGUUAAAUAACGAGCCUAAUUCAUCCAAACAUAGUAAAGAACUGAUGAGAAAGAAUGCUAAUCUCGAAAGGCAGCUACAGGAUGUACAUAAAUCCAUUGAUGAGCUGAAAAGCCCCAGGUCGCACCAACAGACCCUUGACUUGGAUAGUGCCUCACUCAACCUAUCCAUCACAGCGGAACUGUAUCAAGAGGGAUUCAAAAUCCCCCAACUAGAGACAUACGAUGGCUCGGGCCACCCAGAUGAGCAUCUGUAUACCUAUCAAGCUAUCAUGAGAAUCCAAAAUGCCAACGACGCCAUGAUAUGCAAAGUGUCUCCAGCGACACUGAAGUCAAUGACCAGAAGAAGACUAUCAACACUUGAAAGACAAGCUGGAAUUCUUAGUUCACAAUGGGAAAUUAGAAGGAUAUGUCCAGAAACCUUAUGCCCAGCAGCCAACUCAAACUCACUUUGUGCAGGGAGCAGAGCGUACAGGGGACGCCAGUUCAAUAGGCGAGGCCAAGGACAAAGAGAUGCCACUCAAAACCAAAAAGAUAGGAAAUGGGUAGGCUAUGCUGGGAUACCCCUACCCUCUGGCACAAUAAACAUGAUCUUGGGUGGUAUACACUUAGGAGGCCAAAGCUCUUGGGGCCGCAGGGCGCCGACCCAGCUCGGUCAGCAAAUAAUGAGCAUAUCGGAUAUUAAGCACCGACCUGAAGGUGUCGAGCAGAAGGUUGAGCCAGUAGAACCAGUGGCAACAGUCCCUUUAAACCCUGACAUGCUAGAAAGAACAGUUAAGUUGGCAGUUCACAAGCUCAGCAUGGACCCCACCAAAAGGCCAGUGGUUCAAAAACGUCGCCUUUUUGGUCUUGAGAAACAAGUUGCUAUAGAUGAAGAAAUACAAAAGCUAUUACAGGCAAGCUUCAUCAGGAGAGUUGAAUACUCUGAGUGGGUGUCGAACCCUAUGCUCGUCAAGAAACCAAACGGCAAGUGGAGAAUGUGUAUUGAUUUCACCAACUUAAAUGAAGCGUGUCCAAAAGACCUUCACCCCUUGCUAAAUGUUGAGAAGUUGGUAGAGCGAGCAGCCGGACACGAACGCAUGAGUUUCCUUGAUGCCAGCUCAGGUUAUCACCGGGUCAUCUUUAAGCUCCAGAUCGGUAGGAACAUUGAAGUAUAUGUGGAUGACAUGAUAGUUACCAGUAAGCGAGCUGAAGAUCAUAUAGACGACCUGAAUGAAACAUUUCAGAACUUGCGCCGAGCCCAAAUGAAGUUGAAUCCCCUAAAAUGCACAUUUGCUGUAGAAUCAGGAAAAUUCCUAGGGUUCAUAGCCAAGUUGGCAGAAAGAUGCCUCCCAUUUUUUAAAGCCUUGAGAGAGCCCAGGAAUUUUCAGUGGACCGGCGAAUGUCAACGGACGUUUGACGAGCUCAAACAAUAUCUGCCGUCAGCACCCCUGCUUUCCAAGCCUAUGGAGGGGGAAAGUUUAUACUUGUAUUUGGGAGUUACAGAGAAGGCCAUGAGCUUGGUUUUGCUAAGAGAACAAAAUAAACAUCAGAAGCCCAUCUGCUACGUGAAUCUACUGUUCAGGAAGAUACUGCAGAAGUCCAAACUCUCUGGUCGGCUUAUUGGGUGGGCUGUCAAGCUGAGCGAGUACGACCUCAAAUUUCAGCCGCACACAACCAUUAAAGGGCAGGCUAUGGCGGACUUCCUAGUGGAAUGCCUUUCAACGACUGUAGAAGAAAGGGCGUCCAUAUACCCAGUCUGGGUUUUAUAUGUAGAUGGAGCUGCUAAUAUUGAUAGAUCGGGUGCUGGGGCAGUGCUAGUGGGCCCAAAUGGCUUUAAAUCCAAGCACGCAUUAAGGUUCAAGUUUCAAACAACAAAUAAUGCUACAGAGUAUGAAGCCCUCAUUUAUGGUUUGAAGCUAGCGUCCGAGUUGAAAGUUCACAGCAUAAGGAUUUUCAACAAUUCUCAGCUCAUUGUGGGCCAAGUGAACAGGAGCUGCGAAAUCAGGGAUCCUCAGCUUAGUCGUUAUGCUUCUCUUUACAAGCGAGUAGCCUCAAUGCCCCUACUACGUUGCCUUACUCCUUAUGAAGCUGAAUACGCUGUAAAGGAAGUUCAUGAAGGAGUAUGUGGCACACAUAUAGGCGGUAAAACAUUGGCUCAGAAACUCCUGAGACAUGGGUAUUACUGGCCUACUAUGAUCAAGGACGCACAGAGUUAUGUCAAAAGGUGCCUGACCUGCCAGUUCAAUGCUGAUGACAUUCACACGCUAGCAAGAGAAAUGCUAUCAUCACUCUCAUCACCCUGGCCUUUUGCUCAAUGGGGAGUUGAUCUGCUCGAUCCUUUUGUCAAAGGCAAAGGAGGUUGCACAUACCUAGUUGUCGCAAUGGAUUACUUCACCAAAUGGAUAGAAGCCAAAUCAUUAUCCACGACAACAGAGAAAAAAAUAAAGGAAUUCCUGUUCAACUUGAUAUUAUGUAGGUUUGGCAUACCUAAAUGGAUCACUGCUGACAAUGGUCCACAAUUCCGAGUCGUAGCACUCAGGUUGUUCUGCAAUGACUAUGGCAUUGAGCUUGCCUUGACAUCUGUAUAUACUCCACAAUCCAAUGGGCAAGACGAGUUCGCCAAUAAAAUCGUCUUGCGAGGCCUCAAGGCGCGUGUUUUAGCCACACACUCUAAUUGGGUUAACAAGCUCAAUAAAGUGCUUUGGUCAUGUCGCACUACACCCAGCUCGACCACAGGCGAAACCCAAUUCAGCCUCGCCUAUGGAGCUAAGGCCAUUAUCCCUAUAGAGGUUAGAUUGCCAUCUGACAGAUUAGAUCGGCACAAUGAUCCUAAUAAUGAGCAACUUUUAAGAAAGAACCUAGACCUUGUAGAAGCGGUUAGGGAGAUGUCUCGAAUAAAAAACAUGGCAUAUCAAAGUCGUGUUGCUAGAUUUUAUAAUAAGAGAGUCUGAGCUCAUCAGUUUCAGGUUGGCGAUCUGGUUUUACGCAAAGCUAGAUUAACCAAUGCUUAUUUGCACAUGGGCAAGCUCGCUUCUAAUUGGGAAAGUCCAUAUAUGGUUGUUCAAGUUAAGCGACCUGGAUCUUAUGUGUUAGCAGACAUGCAAGGAUGCCAGUUGUCAUUCAUUUGGAAUGUAUAUAAUCUCAAGAGAUAUUACAGUUAAUGUACAUGUUAGUGAGAAAUAUGCUCGAGAAAAUGUAAAGUAUACACACAAUGCAAUAAAGAGGAAACGGUUCG